GACUGAAGCUUUGAAGUAAGUUUGGAUUGGUUUUCCGGUUUUUACGCGUCAAAGAAAACAACAACAACAACAAACGGACUCGUUAAAGGAUAAAGUUUGAACGUGAGGAUCUGAUCUUUUAUUUCCGGUUGGACCCUAAACCCGCCGCUUGUUUCCCGGAGAAACUGUUGAUCACUCUCAUGUUUUUCUCUCCGUUUCUUUUCUCAUGUUCUGUCCGCUCCGCUCCGCUCAUUGAGUCCUCCUAACGCGCCCCCCCCUCAGAGCUCCAGGACCUGAACCGGGAUCUAGGUCCGAGCACCAGGACCAGCAUGGCGGCAGGAGUGGCUGCAUGGCUGCCGUUCGCCCGCGCGGCAGCCAUCGGCUGGAUGCCGGUGGCGGGCGCGCCCAUGCCGGUGCCUCCGCAGGAGAAGAAGCGCGGCACGGACGCGCUCAUCAUGCUGAACGUGAGCGGCGCAAAGUUCCAGACUUGGCGGGACACGCUGGAGCGCUACCCGGACACCCUGCUGGGCAGCACGGAGCGGGACUUCUUCUUCCACGACGAGAGUAACGAGUACUUCUUCGACCGGGACCCGGACAUCUUCCGCCACAUCCUCAACUUCUACCGCACCGGGAAGCUGCACUACCCGCGGCAAGAGUGCAUCGCGGCGUACGAGGACGAGCUGGCCUUCUUCGGGAUCAUCCCGGAGAUCAUCGGGGACUGCUGCUACGAGGAGUACAAGGACCGGCGGCGCGAGAACCAGGAGCGGAUCCAGGAUGACGAGGACAUGGACCAGAACAACGACCUGGUCCCUCCUGACCUCAACUUCCGGGAGACCAUGUGGCGCGCCUUCGAGAACCCGCACACCUCCACCAUGGCGCUGGUCUUCUAUUACGUCACGGGUUUCUUCAUCGCGGUGUCGGUGAUGGCCAACGUGGUGGAGACGGUGCCGUGCGGGGCCAUGCCGGGCCGCGUGAAGGAGCUGUCCUGCGGGGACCGGUACGCGCUGGCCUUCUUUUGCCUGGACACGGCGUGCGUCAUGAUCUUCACGGUGGAGUACCUGCUGCGCAUGCUCGCCGCGCCGAGCCGCUGGAAGUUCGUGAAGAGCGUGAUGAGCGUGAUCGACGUGGUGGCCAUCAUGCCGUACUACAUCGGCCUCGUCAUGACGGACAACGAGGACGUCAGCGGCGCCUUCGUCACGCUGCGCGUCUUCCGCGUCUUCCGGAUCUUUAAGUUCUCUCGGCACUCGGCGGGACUUCGCAUCCUGGGCUACACGCUGAAGAGCUGCGCCUCGGAGCUGGGCUUCCUCCUCUUCUCGCUCACCAUGGCCAUCAUCAUCUUCGCCACCGUCAUGUUCUACGCCGAGAAGGGAUCGACGGCCAGCAAGUUCACCAGCAUCCCCGCCGCCUUCUGGUACACCAUCGUCACCAUGACAACGCUCGGAUAUGGCGACAUGGUCCCAAAGACCAUCAUGGGGAAGAUCUUCGGCUCGGUGUGCUCCCUGAGCGGCGUGCUCGUCAUCGCCCUGCCCGUCCCCGUCAUCGUCUCCAACUUCAGCCGGAUCUACCACCAGAGCCAGAGAUCCGAGAAGAGGCGAGCUCAGAAGGCGUCAAAGGAAGCAGGACAGGCGCUGGUGUGUCAGGCCAACCCAAACUUUGAUGUUCACCAUCAUCACCUCCUGAACUGUUUGGAGAAGACCACGAAUCACGAGUUUGUGGACGAGAAGACGUACGAGUCGAGCUUCCGGGAGGUCACUCAGCUGAAGCAGAUGUCUCGCUCGUCCUCCGCCUCCUCGUCUUCCUCGCCGCACGGCUUCACCUCCUGCUGCAGUCGCAGGAAGAGGAAGAGCUUCAACGUCCCGAACUCCAACACGUCUGUGGGUCUGCAGGGCAGCAUCCAGGAGCUGAGCACCAUCCAGAUCAGAGAGAGACCGCUCAGCAACAGCCGCUCAAGUCGCUCCAGCCUCAACGCUAAAAUGGAGGAGACGGCUCCUCCCAAUUUCAAUUUUCUGAACUGUGACGGAUCCUACAUCACCACCGCCUCCAUCAGCAUGCCGACCCCGCCCAGCAGCAGCACACCCGACGGGGACAACUCAGCCAGCUCGACCAACUACUCCCAGGCUAACAUCGUCCGUGUGUCUGCACUCUAAAAAAAACAGGGAAACACGGCCCACCCGGGGGGACGACAAAGGGUCAGGUAUCGGGGGUCAACGACCUCGCAGCACAUCAGACUCAGUGGGCGUUGCUUGGACAAAGAGUCGUGAUGGAAGCGACGGGUUAGCUUGCGCCAUUUACACCUCUGUCAGAGCAGACGGUUCUUAAACUGAGCGAACAUCGACGUGGAUUUAAACUCUUUUGUCUCUUAAAGAGGAUUUUUAUUCCAGCAUCAAACACCUGAGAGCAGGAUACGGUAGCACAUGACUGAUCAUAUGAUCGGUGACUUUUUUUUCAAUCAUAUAUGUCUUCAAAUUCGAUGUCUUCAAAUGUAAAGGUAGUUUAUGCUCAUGUAGAUUUUUCUUUUUUUUUCCUGUACGCAGCUAAAAGGAAACGUGCGACAUAUUGGAGCUUCACUGUUAACCAUCAGUUACAUGAGAAGCUUUAAGCACAAAGUUCACACUGUUUCAGAUGACGUUAGCCUAGCUUAGCACAAAGACUGGAUGUGGAGGGAAACUGCUAGCCUAACCACGGUGGUUACCAAUCAUUCCUGAGGCCAACAAUCCAAAGUCCCCAACAGGAACAGAAACCAGGUGUGAAAUGAGAAUUAUGAGUCGCCCUCCAUCCUGUGAGUUAGUAUUUUUUCAAUUCAGUCUGCCUCACUUCUGAUGGCUUCUAAAGAUCUAAACCACCUUUAACCACGUCCGUCAGAGACGCUCUGUCACACAGUGUUCACUCUGAAAAGCAUAAUGCGGAAAGAUUAAAACACGGGGCAUCAAAAAGAAUCCAAAACUGUGACAACCUCAGCUCCGAGUCGUGGGCUUACUUUCUAAUUUAUUUGAAAUGACGAUGAUCUAAAUUUGACUAUUUUGAAUCCAUUAAAGCCAAAAGAAAAACAACUCGCAAAGACAACACAGUUAAAAAGUUCUUAUUUAUGUUAUUGAUGCGUUUUUUUUAUUGGAAGAUUGGACGUUUUAUAUUUUUAUAUUUAUUUUUACUUUUUUAUUGAUUUUAUUUUAUUUAAAAUAAUUUGUAAUUCCUGUAUUUGAUUUGAUAUUUGAUAUUCUCUAUACAUUUGCUCUUUUUAAUUUGGCAUUUACAUUUCUGAAUUUGCGACUGAAUGACAGAAUUAAACGAGCCGUGUAACGGUCACUAAUAGACCCGGGUACGUUAGUCCGGGUCGGUCCUCUAUGUGACAGAUGUCCCCCCAAAAUGACGAACUGUUCCUUUAAUCUGCUGCUUUUUGUAGAUGAGUUUGUUGUGUUGCCGUUUUUUUUUUCAUAGAAGAAGAAGAUGAGCCCUUUGAGCAUGCUCAGUGUCUGUGUGUGUGUGUGUGAGUGCGUGCAUGGAUCGUAUGUGUGUGUGUGUGUGUGUGUGUGUGUGUCGGACGUUCCUCUGCAUGUGGAUCUGACUUUAAUGCAGAUCGGUUGUCAUGGAAACCGAGCGGUGCCGACUCUGUAAAUAUUUGUUGUUGUUGGUUUUUUUUUACCGGAUCUUUUUUUCCGUCAGAGCUCCUGUAUGAAAAAAUGUCAAUGAUCUCACCUGGAUCGUCAUGGAAACGCUGAUGUCAGUUUGUAAAGAAAAAAAAAAGAGUUUCUGCCUUGAACGCUCGUGUUCGUCUCUGUCGUGUUUCAGAUUCAUUCAACGCACACGUUGCCUCAUAACGUUGUUUUAUUGACAUGAUGUGUCAGCGGGGUUAAAGAACUGUGUCGGGAAGAUUUCACCGUCUUACGACAAAAGUGUCAAAAGUCGAUCUGUGAGGGGAAGAUUUACGGUCCAAUAUCGUUUUAUUUAUUGUGCGAUUUAGACUCUCCUACACAGAAAUGAUAUCCUGUUUUAUUUGUUCAUUAGAAAGGUUUACGCUCUCGAAAGAAAGUUUUACUUCCUCACCUGUC